AGAUAUAUACAAAGUAUCGCAGUUUGUAUGGGGGAUUCGGUGGUACGUUCAGCUACGUAGGACUCGAGGGCGUUCGCCCUAGAGUCCGUAGGGCGGAUAUAGCCUAUGUACGGUAUAUCCAGCAGGCUGCCGCGACUGUUCCACUUCCACGGCGGCACUCCACUCCCUCCCUCUCAAUUCGGGACGCAUUCGCACAGAGCUCUUCAAGAAAGGAGCCCCCUAUCCCAUCCGUCAUGUACACUCCGCAGCCCAUCCCAACUCCAGAGGUCACCUACCUCCCCAACCCAGAGCACCAAAGCGAAAGCCAUACAUCCACCAUCUACGCGCUGACGUCUACGCCGCGCUACAUCAUCAGCGGCAGCAAAGACCAUUCAAUUCGGAUCUGGUCCAAGCAAACCCAGCAUCUUGCCUUUCCCCCGCUACUUGCUCACGUGGGCGCCGUUGUAGCCAUCGAAGCAUCCGACGCACCCGAGUUGAUUUUUAGUGGCGAUGGCAAAGGAAAUGUCAUGAUCUGGGACCUCACAACAGGCGCGUUGGCUCAGAACAUGGAGAACGCGCACACCGAUACCGUACUCGGCGUCGCGUUCAAGGGAAGAGUUUUAGUGACGGCGUCGAGAGACCAGAGCGUCAAAGUGUGGGAAGGAGGACCAGAUGAUGAUGCAGAGAACGAAUUCAAUGCUUUCCGGCUCCGUCACACGUUACUAGGGCAUCAAGGGGCCGUUCUCUCUGUUUGUGUGACGCAUGAUGGAACGCGAGCGGUUACCAUGUCUGGCGCGGACCGGGCGAUGAGGGUCUGGGAUUUGCGGUCCGGCGAGGUUCUCAAGUCGUUUGAGGGACUUGCGGGGGCGGCGGUGAAGUUGCAACUUAUUGGGGGGGAACGUAAGGUCCUGGCGGCUUGUACUGAUACUGGGAUUAGAGUCUUUGAUCUGGAAUCGGGGGAGGAAGAGGUCUGCGUCUAUGGGCAUGGGAAUGUGGUGCGUGCUGUGCAGAUGGUAGGAAGUCAAGACGAGUCAAAGAUGGUGUCGGCUUCGUAUGAUAGUACUGUCCGAUUGUGGGAAAGGAGCGAUGGAGGGCGUGGAGCGUGGAGCACGGUACGAACUUUUAGCUUUCGAGAGGCAGUGGGGAAUUUUAAGAUGUCUGCUGAUGAUGCGAAGAGGGUUUAUGAUGUGGUUGUUGAUGAAACAGACGGGUGCAUAUAUGCUUGUGGAGAGGCGAGGGAAAUUGUGCAAUGGAAACUCGAGUCGUAA